AUGCCCAUCUCAAUCCCCACCGCCUCCCUCGAAGGCAAAGUCGCCCUCGUCACCGGCGCCGGCCGCGGCAUCGGGCGCGGCGUCGCCCUCGAGCUCGCCCGCCGCGGCGCCUCCGUAAUCGUCAACUACGUGUCCUCGGCGGGCCCGGCCAACGAAGUCGUCAAAGAAAUUGAGUCGUACAACAACGGCGCGCGCGCCAUCGCCAUCCAAGCCAACGUGCGGUCCGUGUCCGAAAUCGACCGGCUCUUCGCCGAAGCCAAGCGGGCCUUCGGCCGCAUCGACAUCGUCAUGUCCAACUCGGGCACCGAGUCCUGGGACCGCGUCGAAGACAUCACCGAGGAGAAGUACGAUUACGUGUUUGACCUCAACGCCAAGGCGCAGUUUUUCGUCGGGCAGGCGGCGUACAAGCAUCUCGAACAAAACGGGCGGGUGGUUCUGAUGACGAGUAUCGCGGCGGGAUUGAUGGGGGUCAAGAAUCAUGCGCUUUAUAAUGCGAGUAAGAUGGCCGUGCAGGGGUUUGUGAAGGCUUUUGCGACGGAUUUUGGGGAUAGAGGGAUUACGGUUAAUGGCGUGGCCCCCGGCGGGAUUAAGUCAGAUAUGUUUGCGGAGAAUGCGUGGCAUUAUAUUCCCGGUGGAACGCCCGAUUUGGGGAAGGACAAGAUUGAGAGGAUGAUGGCGGAACAUUGUCCGUUGGGCAGGUGUGCGGUGCCGGAGGAUGUGGCGAGGGUGGUGGCGUUUUUGGCGUCGGAGGAUGGGGGGUGGGUUAAUGGCCAAAUUAUCACCAUAUCUGGUGGCUCUUCCCAGUAG